ACCUCCAGCGUGUGAUAAAACCGUCGCCUGCUACGGGCGGUUUGAGGGGAUGCUCCCCCGCUCCCUGCGACUAUGUUGGCCGUGAGAGAGAAGGAACCCCCCCGCUACUCUCCGCCGUGGUGCUAGCAUUAACGUUAGCUGUUACUCGGGGAAGCUGUUUGAACAGCGGGACGGAGAGGGAGCUAGAGACUCUUCUCCAGCUCCAGCUGCCAUCCUACUCCUGCUCCUCCCCCUCCUCCUCCUCCUCCUCCUCCACCAGAACCACUUCUCUUUCUCAUCACAUCCAGAGCAUUUUGGAGAUGUGAGGAACGGGAAGAGAUUGGUGAUAUUGAGCAGCCUGUGCAUUGACACGACCUCUUGACCUCAUCUUCAGCAUGAAUGGUGAUAUGCCUCAUGUCCCCAUCACUACUCUUGCUGGAAUUGCUAGCCUGACAGACCUGUUGAACCAGCUGCCCUUGCCUUCUCCUCUCCCUGCCACCACUGCUAAGAGUCUGCUCUACAAUGGAAGGAUCUCCGAAGAGGUCAGCAGCCUGCUGGUGUGUCGGGACGAGAAUCUGGUGACUCAGCUGGCGCAUAGCCUUAACCAGGUCUCCACUGAACACAUAGAGUUGAAGGACAACUUGGGGAACGAUGAACCUGAGGGUGACAUGCCAAUGCUUCUUCAAACUCUGCUGUCCAGGAACCCCAAAAUCUUCAGGGACAAAAGUGUAUUGCAGCAGCCAAUGAUGCAACAGUACAAGAUAUCUCAGAAUCAGGUACAUGGAAGUCCAGGAUCAAACUAUCAGCAAACCACUGUCCCUCAAAGCCCCUCUGGAUGCUUUACAUCCCCACAGUCUGGAUCAGGUGCUCGGUUUGUAGCCCAGCAGAACAGCCCUAUACCCAGUCCCUAUACCCCUCAGAGUCCUGCAGACUACAUGCAGUACAAUCCACCUAGUUAUUCUCAACACCAACAGGCACAGCAAGUUAGAAAUAUCCAUGACAACAAGGUCUCCGGUCAGCUAUCGGGUGCUUCAUCUAAUCAUAAUGCAAGACUCUCAGAUGAAGACUACAUCAACAUGGCUCACAGGCUGGGAAACGAGGAGAAUGACCCCUCCAUGAGGGCUGCCACGUUUCCAGUUAAAUCUCCACAGUCUGUGUGUUCCUCUGCUGGGAGUGAAGAGACUGCACAAAGGUCCAGGCCUCCUCUUAUCAUGCAGUCCCCUCCACCUGAUGUGCCACCAGCUACAGCCCCUGACCAGCUCCUCACCCCUAGUGACCGCAAAAAGAAGCAGAAAGAAAGAAGUAAAGAAGAAAAUCAGCAGAAGGAUGCUUCGUAUGACAUUGUUAGUUCUCCAUCAAAAGAAUCCACCAGGCUGACUUUAAAACUGUCCCGAGUUAAGUUUUCAGAGCUGGCUCAAUCUGGAGACUUUCCAAGGCAACGUGACGACUCAGACCACGAAACUGAUUUGAUAAAUAAUAAUAAUCAGUUGUCAAGGACUACCCAGGAUUUGUCACACAAGUUAGGUGCUGAGGAGCAGGCAAACUGUCAGCAGGUUCCUGUUCGGCCAAAUACCAAGGAGUCUGGAGUCAUCAGUGGGGUUGUGUUCGAUGAUGCUGAGAUAGAAACACUUGCCGAGUUCGAGAGAAUAGAACGCGAAUCAGCCAAUGAGAGAGAACGGUGGUCUAAAGAAGUCCAAGAUAAAGAUAAGCCACUGAAGAAACGGAAGCAAGACUCAUAUCCUCAGGAAUCCGGAGCUGAGUCAAGUGACGGACCUACUGUACAAGGGGGCAACAUUGACAGCAAGUUGACACCCAAGAAGACGAAUGCUGCAAGUAACGGUGCCAGACGGCCUGCUUUGAUGGUCAGUAUUGAUCUGCAACAAGCUGGCAGAGUGAUAGGACAGCCUGUAGUCGUCCUGGAAGCUAAGGAAUUGUGUGAGGACCACCUGCGGCACCUAAACUCAAAGACUGGUGAGAAUUUGGAUAAAGUCGUGGAAAACAGACCUGGGAUCAUCAAACAGAAUUCCGACAACACCAAGAAGUCUGGCUCAGAUGGGCAAACAGAAACCCCUGAGCAGAAGCAGGAAAGUCGGCGUGAAUUCAAACGGAGACAUGAUAGCAAAACCAUCAGCAGCAAGGGACACUCAGAUGACAAAAGGCCGGAGACACCACGGCAGAAGCAUGACAAGCAUUCAGACUCGCUUCACAAAGAGGAAAAAGACCACAAUGGUCACCGAUCCCAUGUCAGCCAACCUGAGUCUCAAAAAAACAUAAGCAAGGCGGAACGAAACUCAAGACAUGAAGAAGACAAACCCAGGGAUAAAGAUAAAGAAAAAGAUAAGGACAGAGCUGGAGAGAAAGAUAAUGUCAAAGAUAAAGAUCGAGAUAAAGAUAAAGAUAAAGAUAGAGAAAAAGAUAAGGCCAGAGAAAAAGAUAGAGAUAAGAAUAAGGCCAAAGAUAAAGAUAAAGAAAAGGACAAGGCCAGAGAUAAAGAUAAAGAAAAGGACAAGGCCAGAGAUAAAGAUAAAGAAAAGGAUAAGGCCAGAGAUAAAGAUAAAGAAAAGGAUAAGACCAGAGAUAAAGAUAGAGAAAAGGAUAAGGCCAAAGAUAAAGACAAAGAUAAGGUCAGAGAUAAAGAUAAAGAAAAAGAUAGAGAUAAAGUUCGAGAAAGGGACAAGCUCAGAGAUAGAGAUAAAGAUAGAGAAAAAGAUAGAGAUAGGGGUAAAGACAGAGAUAAGGAUAAGGAAAAAGAUAGAGAUAGGGAAAAGGACAGAGAUAAAGACAGAGACAGGGAUAAGGAAAAAGAAAGAGAUAGGGAUAAGGACAAAGAUAGAGAUAAAGACAAGGAAAGGAAACACAAACUGUCAAGGGAAAACGGCAGCAGACACUCUCCUGACCGGCAUGCUAAACCUGACAACGCUAAAGUGAAGCAAGAUGGAAGCAGAAAAUCCACUGACCUCAACAGUCGACAGACAACAGAGAGUUCAAGCCUCCAAAAUGUCCAAAAUAAGAAAGAGAGGAAAAGUGGGGACGGCAGCAUUGGCUGCCAAGCUGGAAACAAACAGCAGUCAUUGGAGACAAAACUUAGUGAAUUCCCCCCAUACAUGCUGGGUGGCAAGUCAGGAAGUCUGAAGAACUUUGUGAUCCCUAAAUUGAAACGGGAUGGGAAAGAUAAAGAGCCUCAAGUUCCAAGCAAAUUGCUAGACGUCUGGAAAGAACCCCUGGUCAGGCUGGAGAGAGUGUCACUGAUAGAGAACUUAAACAAAGGAGCCAAGCCUGUCGUUGUGGUCAACAAACUCAGUAUUGACGAGGUAAAAAAGAUUAUUAAGGAAAGCAGGAUUGCACAUAAAUCAAGAUCCAAGAACUCUUUUUUGAAAGAGAUGUCAUCGACACACAAGCGAAAGCACAGUAUGAUCAGUAAAAAAUCGAAGUAUGUUGAGUCAGAUGAAGACGAUGAGGUUGAGGAUAAGAGUGAUGAUGACUCUGGUGAUGAGUCUGUAAGGAAAAAGUACAAGAAAGGUAACGACAAGUCAUGGAAGCCGGAAGAAAAGAGGGGUUCUGGAGAGCACCGGCGAAGUAAAGGUUCCCAUGAUGCUCGCCGUGGGUCCGGUAACCGCCACCGUGAUGUGAGCCCAGGUGAUUCAGAUGAAGGCUCUCCACGCCCAACCCUGAAUGAUGCUGCCAGAAAAUUGAAGAAAAAGGAGAAACAGAAAAACAGGAAAGCUUUUUCCAACAUGACACCAGAGGAAAUGAUGGACUGCUCCACAUUUAAGAGAUUCACGGCCAAUGUGGACAGCAUUCUUGAGAGCCUUGAGGAUGUGGACCUCACUGCCGCAGAUGAUGAUGAGAUUCCUGAAGAGCUCCUGCUUGGAAAGCACCAGUUGAGCGAGCUAGGCAGUGAUUCUGCUAAGCUCAAAGAUAUGGGCAUCUUUCACAAGUUUUCAACUUCCAAACUGGUGAAAUUUUUGAACAUCUUGGAGAAGAACAUUCAGGACAGCGUCAAACUUUCCACUCUAAUGAAUCAUGAUAAUGAUUCCAUGGAUGAGGAGCGGUUGUGGCGUGACCUCAUUGUGGAGCGGGUGGCUAAGUCUGCUGAUGCCUGUCUGACUGCACUCAACAUCAUGACAUCUCCACGCAUGCCCAAGGCUGUUUAUAUAGAGGAUGUGAUUGAGAGAACAUUGCAGUACACCAAAUACCAUCUGCAGAACACGCUGUACCCUCAGUAUGACCCAGCCUACAGAGGAGGUGGCAUGCAUUCUUCAAAGUCCAAGAGAGCAAAGAGUUCCUCCCAUAAACAGAAAGUGGUAGUCCAACUCUAUAGCAAGGUGUGUGAUAUUGUCAGCAGCAUCUCAGAGCUCCUGGAGAUCCAGCUGCUAACUGACACCACUAUUCUCCAGGUGUCCACCCUGGGUAUUACACCUUUCUUUGUGGAAAAUGUCAGUGAACUGCAGUUAUCUGCCAUCACACUGGUGACUGCAGUGUUCUCUCGUUAUGAGAAGCACAGGCAGCUCAUUCUUGAAGAGAUCUUCACCUCCCUGGCUAGAUUGCCUACUAGCAAACGCAGCCUCAGGAACUUUAGGCUAAACAGCAAUUCAGAUCGAGAGUCCUUGUAUAUCCAGAUGGUUUCAGCUCUGGUUCUUCAGCUCAUCCAGUGUGUGGUCCACUUUCCAUCAGAGAGGGAGGGAGAGGAUGAACAUAAUAAGAAGGUGGAUAAAGAUGUCUUCAUCACAAACUCUUAUGAAACUGCCAUGAGGACAGCUCAGAACUUCCUAUCAGUCUUUCUCAAGAAGUGUGGCAGUAAGCAGGGAGAGGAAGACUACAGGCCUUUGUUUGAGAACUUUGUACAUGAUCUCCUGUCGACAGUCAACAGACCUGAGUGGCCUGCAUCCGAACUGCUGCUCAGUUUGCUGGGCCGGCUGUUGGUGCACCAGUUCAGUAACAAGCAGACAGAAAUGGCGCUCAGGGUGGCGUCGCUGGACUACCUCGGCACUGUUGCUUCUAGCCUGCGUAAAGAUGCUGUGAACAGCAACAUGGACCAAAAGGCUAUUGACCGCAUUCUCAGAGAGACUUCAGGCAGUGAUGAGGUCCAGCAACUCCAGAAGGUCUUGCUUGACUACAUAAAUGAGAACAUUGAGACAGAUCCAGCUCUAGUGUUUGCCAGGAAGUUUUAUAUUGCCCAGUGGUUCAGGGACACUGCAAGCGAGGCAGAGAAAGCGAUGAAGUCUCAAAGUGACGACGACGACUUGAGAGGUCAACAUCAUUCCAGGGACGUUGACUCGACUGAGGAGAUUAUGCAGAGGGCCGAGACACGAAAGAAAUUCCUCCGCAAGGUCAUCAGGACAUUACCAUCACAUCUCAGUUCUCAGAGCUUAAACUCGGACACAGUGGACUAUGAGGACUCAUGUCUGAUUGUCAGAUAUCUGGCCUCCAUGAGGCCGUUUGCACAGAGUUUUGAUAUUUAUUUAUCACAGAUUCUGAGAGUGCUGGGUGAGAGUGCCAUCGCAGUCAGAACUAAAGCCAUGAAGUGUCUGUCUGAAGUGGUAGCUGUAGAUCCAAGUAUUCUGGCGAGGACGGAUAUGCAGCGUGGGGUUCACUGUCGCCUCAUGGACAACUCCACCAGUGUGCGAGAGGCAGCUGUGGAGCUCCUUGGACGUUUUGUGCUAAGUCGACCAGAGCUCAUUGAGCAGUACUAUGAUAUGCUCAUUGAAAGGAUAUUGGACACGGGUAUUAGUGUGAGGAAGAGGGUCAUUAAGAUCUUGAGGGAUAUUUGCCUGGAGCAGCCGGACUUCCACAAGAUCACCGAAAUGUGUGUCAGGAUGAUCCGAAGGGUCAAUGAUGAAGAGGGGAUCAAGAAACUGGUGAAUGAGACAUUCCAGAAAAUCUGGUUCACCCCCACACCCAGUCAUGACAAAAAUGCCAUGACCCGGAAGAUUCUAAACAUUACAGAUGUGGUGUCGGCAUGUAAAGAUUCAGGCUAUGACUGGUUCGAGCAACUUCUCCAAAAUCUACUGAAGUCAGAAGAGCAAGCUUCGUACAAACCCGCCAAGAAGGCAUGUGUUCAGUUGGUGGACAAUCUUGUGGAACACAUACUGAAAUAUGAGGAAUCUCUGGCAGACUGUGAGGACAAAGGGGUCAACUCAGAUCGUCUGGUAUCAUGCAUCACCACUCUCUACCUGUUCAGCAAGAUCAGAGCACAGUUAAUGGUCAAACAUGCCAUGACUAUGCAGCCCUACCUGACCACCAAGUGCAAUACUCAGAAUGACUUCAUGGUGAUAUGUAACGUGGCAAAGAUCCUGGAGCUGGUCGUGCCUCUGAUGGAGCAGCCAAGUGAGAAUUUCCUCACUACCAUAGAAGAAGACUUGAUGAAGCUCAUCAUCAAAUACGGCAUGACGGUUGUACAGCACUGUGUGAGCUGUCUCGGUGCUGUUGUCAACAAGGUCACACACAACUACAAGUUUGUCUGGGCUUGUUUCAAUCGCUACUAUGGAGCUCUGGCAAAACUGAAGACACAGCACCAAGAGGACCCUAACAGCUCCACGCUGGCUGCUAACAAACCUACACUCCUUCGCUCACUGUUCACUGUGGGGGCUCUCUGUCGACACUUUGAUUUCGACCAAGAGGAGUUCAAGGGUACUAACAAGAUUGUCAUCAAGGACAAGGUGUUGGAGCUUCUGUUGUACUUCACCACUCAUAAAGAUGAAGAGGUCCAGAUCAAGGCCAUCAUAGGUCUAGGCUUCCAGUUCAUCAUGCACCCAGAGCUCAUGUUUGUGCAGGACGUGAAGGUUCUGUAUAACAACACCCUGUCAGACGAAAACAGUUCGGUCAGCCUGAAGAUCCAGGUGCUGAAAAACCUGCAGACAUACCUGCAAGAGGAGGACUCUCGAAUGCAGGAGGCUGAUCGCGAAUGGAAGAGCCAAGCCAAGCAGGAGGAUCUGAAAGAAAUGGGGGACAUCUCAUCGGGCAUGAGCAGCUCCAUAAUGCAGAUUUACCUGAAGCAGGUGCUGGAGUCCUUCUUCCACUCGCAGUCCACUGCUCGGCAUUAUGCACUGAAUGUCAUCACACUGACUCUCAGCCAGGGCCUCAUACAUCCUGUACAGUGUGUGCCCUACUUGAUUGCAAUGGGAACAGACCCUGAGCCAACCAUGAAGAACAAGGCCGAUCAACAGCUGGUGGAGAUUGACAAGAAAUAUAUAGGCUUCAUCCAUAUGAAGGCCGUAGCAGGGUUGAAGAUGUCCUUUCAGGUGCAACAGGCCAUAAAUGGAUCCACGGGCGGAGUCAUUCGAGGUUUUCGUCAUGAUGACUCAGACUCUGCUCUCUGCUCUCAUCUCUACACUCUGGUCCGAGGGAACCGGCAGCAUAGACGUGCUUUCCUCAUUUCCCUGCUCAACCUCUUUGAUGACUGCGCCAAAACUGAGGUGAACAUGCUGAUGUUCAUAGCAGACAACUUGGCCUGCUUCCCCUACCAGACCCAGGAGGAGCCUCUGUUCAUCAUGCACCAUAUAGAUAUUACUCUCUCUGUCUCUGGAAGCAACCUGCUGCAGUCCUUCAAGGAGUGUUUACGGAAAGAGCCAGUACAGCCGGACAAGAAGAUGAAGACAAAAAAGAAGCAGAAGAUGAAGAAGAAAAAGAAGAAGAAGAAGCCUCAGAGGAGAAAAUACAGCUCUGACGAUGAAGAAGAAGACGAGGAUGAUGAACAGAGCAGUAGCACAUCCAGCAGCAGCAGCAGCAGCAGCAGUAGCAGCAGCAGCAGUGAAGAGGAAGAAGUGGUGGUCCAAAAGAAAAAGAAAACUGCAGGUGGUGAUUCUGACUCUGACAUGGAAAAUGAGGAUGCCGUGUUUUACCGUCUGCCCGAAAACCCCACUCCUCUGCUGGACUUUGCCAGCGCUUCACAGGGCAUUCUGCUGCUGCUGGUGCUGAAACAGCAUCUGAAGAAUCUGUAUGGCUUCUCAGACAGCAAAAUCCAGAAAUACUCCCCAACAGAGCCUGCCAAAGUAUAUGACAAGGCAGUGAACAGGAAAUCAAAGGUGCACUUCAACCCUCGUCAGACACUGAAUUACCUGAAGAGUGACCUCGCCAUCACAGACCUCAGCCACGACACCAAGAGGAAUAUUGUGAAACAGUUUAUGGAUUUCAAGGUACUGAUGAUGCACUUGGAUCGUGACGAAGAGGACGAGGAGGGUGAAGCAAGUGCCAAUGCCAGAAACAAAGCCAUUACUUCACUGCUAAAGGUUCCAAAACCUGUGAACCACAACCACAAUAACCAUACUGCUCAAGUGGAGUCAGAUGAGGAGGAGAGCGAGGAUGAAGAGCCCCCUGCGCGGAAACCAAGAAAAGGUGGGGAGUCCAAGGAAGAUACAGGUAACUUGAAUGAGAGAGUGAAGGCCAUGGACAUCGUUGCCAUCUGUUGUCCCAAAUACAAAGACAGACCGCAGAUUGCUCGGGUCGUCCAGAGGAUCAAAACUGGCUACAGUAUACACUGGAUGACUGGAACUUAUUCUGGGCCCUGGACUGAGGCAAAGAAACGGGACGGACGCAAAAAGGUGCCUUGGGUUGACACUAUCAAGGAGUCAGACAUUAUUUACAAGAAAAUAUCUUUCACAAGUGGACAAAAGCUGACGAACAAAGUGGCACAGACGUUACGGGCGAUAUACGCUGCUAAGGAUGGGGACUAAGAGUUAUUUAACUGAAAUGAUUCAGUCAGAAAACCCUCACAGCCCAAAUCUAUGUGGAACCAAUAUGUUACAGAGAGAAAAUGAAACCUCUUUAGAUUUAAGGACCAGAUGGAGGAACAGUAUUGUGACACUGUUUGAUUACAGACAUGUUUAAGUUAAAACACAAGAAGGAAAUGUUUUGGAAAACAUUGUGUGGGAGUUCCUUCGCUGUUGUGCAGCAACUUCGUUGUUUGAUUUUUACUCCCACUGUAUGAUAGUUUAACUAAACACAUGUUUAUAUCUGAACAUAAUUCUGUAAAAAAAAUAAACUGAAUGUUGGAAA